AUGGUAGGGAUUCAUGGUCUUCCCGGAGUAGGAAAGACUACAAUCGCAAAAGCUGUUUAUAAUAGAAUUGCUAAACAUUUCGAUGGAAGCAGCUUUUUAGAGAAUGUUAGAGAAAAUUUGGGGACAGAUGCUGGCAUAAUCACACUACAGGAGCAACUUCUUAAUGACAUCUUAGGGAAUGGUAAUUGGAAGGUGGGUAGAUUUAGAGGAAUCAGUUUGAUAGAGAAGAGACUUUGCUGUAAAAAGGUUUUUUUAAUUCUUGAUGAUGUCAAUGAUUCAACAAGAAUAGAAAAUUUGCUUGGAAAAUGUAAUUGGUUUGCUCCUGGAAGUAGAGUCAUUAUAACAUUAAGAGAUAGACACGUGUUAGUUGCCCUUAAAGAAAAAGUUUGUACAACUUACAAGGUCAAGGAAUUCAAGGUCAAGGAAUUAAACAAACAUCAAGCUUUUCAACUCUUUACAAAGCAUGCCUUUCCUGGAAACAAACCUGAUGAAGAUUAUUCUAAACUUGCAACUAAAUUCACAAAUUUUGCCAAAGGCCUUCCACUAGCUCUAGAAAUAAUAGCCCGUGAUUUGUGUGGAAAAACUAAAGAUGAAUGGGAAAGUGCAUUAGAUAUGUAUAACAAAAUUCCCAAUAAAGGCAUUCAAAAUAUACUUCAAGUAAGUUAUGAUGGAUUGCAAGGCACUGAGAAAGAUAUUUUUCUCGAUAUUGCAUGUUUCUUCAAAGGAUGGGACAAAGAUUACGUUGUAAAGAUAUUAGAUGCUUGUGAAUUAUAUCCAUGUUCUGGUAUUCCAAGACUUAUCAAUAAGUAUCUCAUAACUGUUGAUCGAUGUGGUAGAUUGUCAAUGCAUGACUUGAUACAACAAAUGGGCAGGGAAGUUGUUCGACAACAAGAACCAGACAUCAGAAAACGUAGCAGGUUAUAUUGUUAUAAGGAUUCGCUCAAAGUACUAACUGGAAAUAAGUGGCCCCAUUAUCCUUUUCAUUGGCCAUGGCCAGAAUAUUUUCCUGAACAACUUGUUGCUAUUGAGAUGCCACAUAGCCGCAUUAGAUUGCCAAAGCUAAUCAAGCAGGAGUGCUGGUUAGAAAAUUUGAAAGGCGUCGAUCUCUUUGAUUGUAAAUUUAUCACGAAUUUACCUAAAUUAUGGGCCCCAAAUUUAGAGAAUUUGGACCUCACUUUUUGUGAAAAUUUAGUUGAGAUUGAUGAAUGCUUUGGAUCUCUUGAAAAGCUCAAAAGAUGGCGUCUCCGUCAUUGCACAAAACUUCAAUUUCUUCCAAGCCAACUCAGGUUGAAAUCUCUUGUUGUUUUUGAUCUUAUUGGCUGCUCAAGGCUUAAAAAGCUCCCUAAUUUUCAUCAAGAAAUGGAAUGUUUAAAGACUUUAUAUUUAAGUGGGAGUGGUAUUAGAGAGGUGCCUUCAUCAAUCGAGCAUCUCACUAAGCUUGAGGCAUUAAGCCUUUAUGAAUGCAAAAACCUUCAGGAUCUUCCGGAUAGCAUUUAUAAAUUGCAACAGCUUCGGGAUUUGACGACUACUACUGCCAAAUUGAGAACGACGGCAAUUCUUUUGAUAGCUCUUUCGGAUAUGGGUUUGUGAACAUGACACACCUGAGUUUCGAGUACUAUGAAAACAUAAUUGAAUUAGAUCUUUUGAUGAAGCCUGAUUACUUCCCCGCAUUGCAAGAUAUAAAUCUAUCUGGAACUAAUAUUGUUACCAUCCCUGAAAGCAUUAGCAGAUU